AUGAUCCCCACGGCUUUACUUUGGCUAGCAUUUGCUGUAAGCUCAGCCGCCCAGGUGGUGCUCUCUCCCAAAUAUGAGCCCAAGGUGUUUAUCGUGACAAUGUUUCAACCGGAAGAGGAAGCAUGGACCUCCAGAGUCUCGUUCCCCAAAAACAUCAAAGUGCCAGGGUUAUCGCCCAUCUACCCCCACGUUCGGUGUGUCGAGGACUAUUCCAUCUGCCACUUCACCACUGGCGAGGGCGAGAUCAAUGCUGCGGCCUCCAUGGCGUUUUUGCUCUCGUCCCCCAAGUUUGAUUUUUCUAAGACCUACUGGCUCUUAGCCGGGAUUGCGGGAGGAGAGCCCUCCAAGGUUACCACUGGCCUGGUAACUUUCGCCAAAUACGCAAUUCAAAUAGGCUUGCAGUACCAGGUGGAUCCCACCGAGAUUCCGAAAAAAUACCUGGACUGGCCCUCAGGUUACUUUAGUUAUGGAACCCGCUCUCCUACAGAAUAUCCCGAUGCUGUGUACGGCACUGAAGUGUUUGAAUUGAACGGCAAACUCCGGGACCGUGCGGUAGAGGUUGUAACCUCUGCAGGGAGGCUUGCCCGAGGCAACGAACUCAAUGACAGGUUGCGUAAGCUCUAUACAGGACCUGCACGAGGCGACCCUGAAGUCUGCGGUUGUGAUGUGCUUACAAGUGACAACUAUUUCACCGGAUCCAUUUUGAGUGAUUACUUUCUCGACUAUUCCAACCUCAUUUCGAACGGUACCGCAAAUUACUGCUCGGCUGCCCAGGAAGAUAAUGCAUCUCUUGAGGCCUUUAUCCGUAUGGCCCAGUAUGGGGUGGUGGAUUUUGAGCGUAUUGUCGUAAUGAGAACAAUAUCGAACUUUGUGCGACCUCCGGCCCUGUUGCAAGAUGAUCCAAUUGAUUUUUUUUUAGACUAUCCAAAAGGGGGAUUUCAGGUGGCCCUAGAUAACCUUUAUUAUGGGGGAUGGCCCUUUGUUCAAGAUAUCAUCCAGAAUUGGACUCAAAUUUACAACACCAACUCCCUUCGAAGCGAAAACUACAUUGGUGACAUUUUGGGAACUUUAGGUGGCAAACCAGACUUCGGAAAGGACUCAUAUAAAAUAUCUAGCCUACUCUAG